AUGACAACAUUCUCACCAUCAGCAUUUGGCUUCUCUGAGAAUGACCGUGAAACACGGUGCUUCCAGUACUUCUACGAAAGAACAGCACCAGCCUUGGCAGGCUACUCCGGAUCUAUAUUUUGGAGUCCAUUUGUGUUACAAGCGAGCCAGCGCGAAAAAUCAAUCUGGCAUGCCAUGAUUGCUGUGGGAUCGCUGCACGAAAAUUUUGAGAACGGACAGGGUCCUAUUGGAGUCGAUUUACUGCGUCAUGGACAAGAUGCGUUUACCAUUCAUGAAUACUUGAUAGCAAUCAGGUCCCUUCUAAAACCAUCAGGUAUGACGAACAACAACCCCAUAUACAGUACUCCGGAUUGUGGCAGUUUUGGAAACGUCACUUUAGAUAUUCUCUCUGGCCACUAUGCCUCCGCCGUCAAUCACGUUCGAAGUGGUAUCAAAAUCCUACGAGAGGUCUAUUACGAUGCCCGCUGUGGCACAUUUCGACAUCCUUACUUGCUUCCAUCUACAGUGUCAAACUUGGAAAUAGAAAGUAUACGCAAAAUUUUUGCUUACUUACACUCCCAAAUGGCAACCUUAACACGUGACGAGGGAAAUUUCCCAGCACAUGGCCCUCUCCAAAUGCCUGAGGUCCCCUGCUUUCCAUCAGAAUUCCCGGAAUCCUUUAUCUCCAUAGCGGAGGCAGGUAACAGCCUCGAUACACUAAAGGGCAGCUACGUGAUACACUGUCGCAACAUCAUGCAUUCUGUAUCGGUUGGAAAAACCUAUGAAAUGCCUAAAUACUUAUUCGAGCAAAUGAGACUCUCAUUUCCCCGAUGGUGCGCCGCUUUCUCCCACUUCGAAGAAUCCCUUGGCUAUUCUAGAGAGUUAUUAGGUUUCAAAUUAAUCAAGAUUCAUCGGCUGCAUUUUAUGAUAUAUUACGAAUACGCCAAGGCGAGCGAACUGGCUUUAUAUAAGAAUGAAACUUCGUCUUUUUCCUGGGACGAAUACAAUGACAUAUUCGCUGAAAUAGUCUCUUUGGCGGGCUUAGUGAUUAAAACGACUUCUGCUACCCAGAUGCCAUUGUCUGGUUGUGCCUCUGGGUCCUUUGAUUCUAUGAAACAAGACAAUGAAAUACAGCCAUCCUUCUGUCUUGAUAAUGGUGCAUUACUGCCGCUCUAUGAAGUCGCUACCCUGUGUCGCGAUCCAAUUAUUCGCCGAAAAGCAGUAAGCAUCCUGCGUUCGGCUCCCCGCCAAGAAGGAGUGUUCAACAGUCAUCUCCUUGCAAUGGCAGCUGAGAAAGCCAUCGAAAUUGAAGAAGCUGCUGCCUCCGGAAAUUCUCUGGACUAUGACUCUAUUAUCACUGGAUCAAAAGUAGAACAGGAGCGAAACACGAUUACGAAAAGCUCCGAAGUCCCUGAUUCUGUCCGUCUUAAUUAUGCGUUUCCGAAAAUUGACAUGGUUAAAAAGAAGAUUUCCUUGACGAUUGGACCGUCCGCCAAGAAGGAGAUAAAUAUUCCGUGGCCAGAUCUAAAUUUCUUGGUGGAGACUGCGAGAUAG